AUGGUGAAGCUGACAAUGAUAGCUCGUGUUACUGACGGUCUUCCACUAGCAGAGGGACUGGAUGAUGGCCGUGAUAUACAAGACUCGGAAUUCUACAAACAACAAGUCAAGGCCCUAUUCAAGAACUUGUCAAGAGGUCAAAAUGAGCCUUCAAGGAUGUCAGUCGAAACCGGACCUUACGUUUUCCACUAUAUCAUAGAAGGACGUGUCUGUUACUUGACAAUGUGUGACCGUGCCUAUCCAAAGAAACUUGCCUUCCAAUACCUUGAAGAUCUCAAAAAUGAAUUUGAGCGUGUUAAUGGGACCCAAAUUGAAACUGCUGCAAGACCUUAUGCGUUCAUUAAAUUUGAUACAUUCAUACAGAAAACAAAGAAAUUGUACCAGGACACUCGCACUCAGCGGAAUAUUGCAAAGUUGAACGAUGAGCUCUAUGAAGUCCACCAAAUAAUGACUCGCAAUGUUCAGGAAGUUCUUGGUGUUGGUGAAAAGUUGGACCAGGUCAGUCAAAUGUCUAGCCGUUUAACAUCAGAAUCUCGCAUAUAUGCUGAUAAGGCGAGAGAUUUGAAUCGACAGGCUCUGAUCAAAAAGUGGGCUCCUGUUGCCAUUGUGCUAGGACUUGUUUUCCUCCUUUUCUGGCCUGCUCUGUAG